CCCGUCUCAGUGUGCAGCGAGCCUUGAGCCUAACAGCCCAGUUCUGGGUCCUCUCCUCUAAGCCAGCUGGUCUGGCUUGAUAUCGUUUUUUUUCUCCUUCUUUUUUUCAUCGCAUCUCUUCUUUUUUUUCGGUUUGAUAUUAAAGGAGCGACUGAGCCGAACCACAGCUGGAGCUGUCGGAGACACUUCCAGGUGAAGAGUGAUACCGCGCCGGUGCUAAGUAAAACCUACGGACCUGGAGCCCCUAGGGAAUCACUAAUGGAGAGCGGACACGCUGGGCGACAAUACUGACACACGGCACAGAUUGAGGAACAAUCUGAAGGCUGGAGACCGAAAAAUAUCAAAGUUGAUAGAAGGAGACGUGCAAGUGAUUGAUAAUCACUCUCUCACUCAACUCUAGUCAGGACCAACCAGAGAAGGCACAGCUCAACUUUUAUCAGACUCGGUUCUUUACCCAAGAAGCAUUGAAUGCGGGAGAAGAGACGUGGUCUUUGGCCGUUUCACUGCCCUGGAAGUAGAUUAUAGCACACGUAAUUAAUGUAUCAGCUCUGAAGUUCAAACAGAUUGUACAUUUUGUAACGGCUUCUUCGCGCGUAGUAUUUUCCCUUCAUCCAAAAAGAAGCGGACCAGGAUCGCGAAAACGGCCGUGGCAGGGGUCUGUCACAGAUGCGGAGUAAAGAACGAUUGCCAGAGGUCGGGAACCGAGAGAAGUAGGGAAGGCUGCUGGUAGGAUCUGAGAGAAGAACGAGAGAGCUUGAAGAAAGGAGAGAAAAAAGACGUCUGGAAUCAAGCGAAAGAGAGAGAAGGAGCAAAUAUGGGGAGGAAGAAGAUUCAGAUAGCUCGGAUUAUGGACGAACGAAACCGACAGGUGACGUUCACCAAACGGAAGUUUGGCCUGAUGAAGAAGGCGUACGAGCUGAGCGUGCUGUGUGACUGCGAGAUCGCCCUGAUCAUCUUCAACAGCACCAACAAGCUGUUCCAGUACGCAAGCACCGACAUGGACAAGGUGCUGCUCAAGUACACCGAGUACAACGAGCCCCACGAGAGCCGGACCAACUCCGACAUCGUGGAUACCCUCAGGAAGAAGGGCCUAAACGGCUGCGACAGCCCCGACAUCGAGGCGGACGACUCUGCCGGCCAGAGCCCCGAGUCGGAGGACAAAUACCGCAAGAUCAACGAAGACAUCGACCUCAUCAUCAGCCGACAGAGACUGUGUGCCCUCCCCCCCUCUAACUACGACAUGGGAUUGUCCAUCCAAGCCAAUAACCCCAGCGGACUGCUUUACUCGCACCCCGGGGUGGGGGGCUCCUUGGGGAACCACAACCUACUCCCCCUCACACACUCUUCCCUGCAGAGGAACAGCAUGUCGCCUGGACCCACACACACACACAGACCCCCCAGUGCAGGAAAUGCAGGUUUGAUGGGAUCCGAGCUUUCUAACACUGUGGUCUCCAGUGCUGGUACCGUUAGCUAUAGUAACCACUGCGGCUCCCCAGGACUGAUGGUGUCUCCAGGGGGCAUGUCCAAAGGGAUGCAGGCCAAGACUCCACCCCCCAUGUCCCUGAGCAUGAACCGCAAGCCGGACCUGCGCACCCUGAUGCCCCCCAGCAACAAGAAUAACAACAUGCCCACCAUCAAUCAGAGAAUAAAUCACUCCCAGACCGCCCAGACUUUGGCCUCUCCGGUGGUGUCCAUAGCAACCCCCACUCUGCCCGGGCAGGGAAUGGGCGGGUACCCUUCUGCCCUCUCCACCUCCUAUGGCACAGAGUACUCCCUGGGCAGUGAUCUGUCCUCCCUGACAGGCUUCGGUGGUUCUGGCUCUCUUCACCUGGGGUCAGUCACCGGCUGGCAGCAGCAACAGCUGCAGGGCCUUCAACACUCCACGUUAGGACACAUGGGGAACCUGUGCCAGAAUUCCAACCUCAACCUCUCAUCCGGUCAUCAGAACCUCCACAUCAAAUCCGAGCCCGCCUCCCCUCCCAGGGACCGGGGUAUGGGAAUGGUGGGUGGGGGCCUCGGGGGCGUGUCCACGAUGGGCUACCCAAACAACCGGGGCCAGGCGGAAGCCGGCCGUUCCCCGGGCGACAGCGUGUCCAGCUGCGGGAGCUCGUACGACGGCAGCGACGACCGCGAGGACCACCGUGGCAACGACAACUUCCUGCUCCGACCCCUGUCCAAUCAGGAUGAGCGCCACAGCCCGUCGGUCAAACGCAUGCGCCUAUCAGAAGGCUGGGCUACAUGAUCAAUCCCACCCCUAAGGCAUGAAAGCCACAGGGGGGGAGGGGUCUGUCUAUAGUGUUACCGCAUAGUGUUAUUAUGAUUAUAUUAUUCUUGUGCUGAGUGAGUGCUAUAGGUAUAACAACGACAUAUACUGGAUAGGGGAUGGAAAAGUAGCGUUAAGUGAAAUGACAGCGUGUUUUUAAUACUGUAUACUGUAGUAGCUAUGGCCAAAUGUAGCCCAUUACAUGAACGACAGGGGCUCAGUUGAGAUUUUCCCAUACACAGUGGGUGGCGAGUGAGGAAGGGUUCGGGGCGGGGGGGGACGGGACGUGUAUUGCUUGUACUGUGUGCGUGUGUGUGUUUGGGAAUAUAAGUAAAUAAAUAUGUAAGCACAUUUGUACAUGUGCAAACUCUAGGUCAACUACAGUAACAAGGAUGUGAGGAAAUAAGUCUGGUACUCAAAGCUACUGGUGAGUAAAAAAAAAAAAAAAAUGUUAAGGCCUAGUGUGACAUAGGACAUGAGAGCAAGGUGAAGUACUAAUGUAAUACUGAGAUAGUACUUGUAUAGUUCUUGUUAACAGAACCAGGUGUUUCAGUCUGCUGUCCUGGUUGAAUUGCAGCUGUAUGUAUGCUCACCACAAUCCAUGCUGUGUUGCAGGUUCAACGUAUUUAUGUAAAUAUAAAUAUAUAGAAAGGGGAGAUUGGCAGAGUGACGGUUAGAGAAGAAAAGAAAGAAAGAGAGAGAGAGAGAGAGAGAAAGAAAGAGAGCCAGAGAGAGAGGGAGAGAGAGAGAAAGAAAGAAAGAUGGUGAGAGUGUGAGGGAGAAGAACAGAGGCAUAUGCCACAGGUAGCAGAAAAGUGAACCCCAGGACAAAUAGAAUGUUCCAAGGAAAGAAGCCUAUGAAUUUGGUCAAUGUCAUGUUAGCGGAGUGAAAAGGGGGCUGCAUUUAACUCCACUCUUCCAAAUGAACAGUUUUACUCAAGCAAAGCAUGUUUGGCUUUGUAAAGAAUAGAAUGAGCCAGUGUGUGUGUUUCAUAGAUCUGCCAGUGUGAGCAAUCAGAGCCAUAUAGACAGAUGGAAAUUGGAUGCUUUGCUGCACAAAGACGUGAUGUCUCUUUAUAGUGAAAUGUAAAAAAAGAGUAUAUUCCUACCUAAUUAUAUAUAUUAAUUUGAAAAGGAUUUUGAAUGUAUUUGAAAUUAAGGAUGCCUAUAGCCCUUUUAAGUCUAUUUAAUAAUGUUAAAACAGUUGUUUUUCAGAAUAGCAAAAGUUCUGUAAGUGCUGGUGCACAUUCUUUUCUAUCAAAUAUCCUUGUUUAGCCAAAAGGCAGUAGACCUUUGCUUAGAGUAGUCAUUCUACACUACACAAGCAGGUAGUGUACAUUUCUACAUUUCUACAAGUCGAUCUGUACGGAAUAAGAUUAUAACCCUGUUUGAAUACUUUGAAUGUAUCCUUAAAAAAAAUCUGUAUAAAUUCGUCAACAGGCCCAUGUGAGAUUAGUGAUCACAUUAAGGGUGCAUUUCUACAGUAUUUCUGCAGGACCUCUGGUCGGGGUGCUAGUCCUGGGUUCAGUCCCGCUGCUGUGGUUACUAUUCUCCUCUGUAGUCUCACAUAACAGGGCGGUUUAGGAUAGGCAUCUUUUUAAAUUUAGCCUCAAAUGAUCAAGAUAGCACUUACCUGCCAUAGGUGAACUUUUAACAUGAUCAAAUACAAAGGACUUAAAAUCAGAUAUGCAUUUCCCCCCCCCAUGUCCCAGUAUAAAACAAUGACAUGGCAUGGACACUAUGGAACACAAUUUGACACUGGGAAUGUGUCUUAAAUAACCACAACAAUCAUGGUUGCUGUACCUCUCCAUUGACAUAAUAAACACGCAAAGUUCAUUUCACAUACUGUAUCAGUAUACCAUGACGAACCAGUGCCUUAAGCUGUUUAAACCCCAUUAGAACAACAUGAGAUUCACGUCAAGCUCCACUCCAUAGCAGCGGGUAGAAACUGGAUCCAGGCUCUAGUCUGUCAUGUUCUCGUCUGCUAGCCAGACCUGCUGUAGGCACAUGGAAAUAAGGAAUGAUGAGCUGCAUACAGAGGCUGUAAAAAUAGUUUUACAAAGGUGUAAGAUAUGGCUGGGUGUUGUCUAUUUUGAAUAUUUUGGUUGAGAUGCUGUAUAUUUGAAGCUCAAGCCCCCAGCCGCACCCCCUGGGCUAAAUCCUGCUUCGAACAUUUCCCCAACUACUUAGAGUUGUGUUUCAGUCCAGAUGUUGUGUGCACUAUAUCACAAGCUAUAAUGUUUUUCAUGGAGAUUUGUACUUUUUAAAAUUUGAAUUGUUCUAUUCUGAGACUUUGGUUUAUCUGAGCAGUGGCUGGACGGCUGCCUAUCUCCUUACUACAGUUGUACUGUGGUUGAUGUCAUUUGAAAGUUUUGCAAAGACAAAAAGUUAACCCCAAAAGCAUCACUUUUGACUUUGAAAGUCACCUUUGUUCUUUGCCAGGCUGCAAUACCAUGAUAAUGUAUGUGCAAAAGGGCAGAGCCCCGAAGAUGUCUCAUUCUACUUGACUUCCCCAUCCUCUCUCAAAUGAACAGGGGUUCGUUUCUCACACCAUAGUCCUGCAGAGCAACCCGUUUGUAGGUUCUGACCAAGCACAGGAAUCAUCUGAACAUGGUCCAGAUGACUGUGAUGAGGUGAAUCAGGAGGGCUGGACAUGAGCAGACACCUCCCUAUGGGGUUCUGGGAGUUUGAGGCCACUAUUCUGGGUAGUUCAAGUAUUGAGUUGGGAACCUGGAGCAAAUGGGUUAUAGACUAACCAUGGCAUGUUGAUCCUGCUCACCCACUGGUCAGAGCAACUCUCUUUCCUUGUAUUGUAUUCUCUCUUAUUAGAAUGUGUCUGUGCUGUAAAGUCUGCAAUCUACCUGUACUUCAAAUUUACCCAUAAUACAAACUUUCUGAUCAGUUCCAAACUCUGUGUUCAUGAGAAUAGUAUAACUUUGCCCCUCUAACUAUAAAGGUGCAUGAACAAUAAGGUUUGGGUGGCCCCUGUAUUAUUUGUUUUCCCUAUUUAACAUGAAAACACCAACCAUCAAGGGUUUGGGCUUUUAUUUUUGCUGGUGACUGGGAAAUUUGAAGUAAAUGUUUUGAAAUUAAGAGGCUCCAAGCGGCAUAAGCUGGCCUUUGUCGCCACUUGAAGACAAAAUGUUUCUCACUGGAAGUUCACCUCUGUCGCAGCUAUAAGAAAUCAAAUGUAUUUUCCUGUAUUGGAAAUCUGGUAUUUGUAUUUUGCAGAAAAAUUCAGUAAAUAUACAGGCUCUCA